CUACAGUGUGAGGCGGUGCGUUUCCGGUGACGUACUAGAGCGGGCAGAGAAGUUUUGAAACAGAAAUUAGGCGGGAAGGAACUUCAGGACCGGGUUGGCGCUAGUCGGGAGAACGGUGAGUGAAGAUUUAACCACUACAGGCUGAACAGUUCAUAAUGUCCAAGCGUGAAGCUUUCUUACAAGCCACUGCCAAGGAUUCUGUUGAAGAUUUCCUGAGCUUCAUACAGCUCCACAAAGAUGUGUCUGAUCCCUUUGAUCUAAAUGAAUUACUGCAAGAGUUGUCAAGGAAACAGAAGGAGGAAUUAUGGGAGAAACUGAAGACUCUUUUAACGGAGGCUUUGGUGGCAAACCCAGUGGAAAGGUGGCAAAAUAUUGAUGAUGACAGCGAUGAUGACAUGGAAGUAGAGAGUUCCUCAGAUGUGAAACAAACAAUGUGUGUAAUCCAUGGAGUGACAAUAGCUGCUGCAGCUUCUCUGUGCGUCAUAGAUGAAGAUGUGUGCUAUGAAACUCUCUUAGAAUGUGCAGCAAUCCUCAGUGGUAUUGUUUACGCUUUACCGAAAUCUGAAUCCCACAUUACCCUUGCUAUCAGACAUCUGUGUGAGGCCUGGUGGGAAAAAGGGCUUCAAGGAAAAGAAGAAUUUGGCAAAACUGCCUUCCUUUUGCUUUUGGCAAAAUCUCUUGAAGUAAAGUGUGUGGUUGCUGAUAUCGGGCGUUUGUGGCAUCUGCAUCAAGCUCUGCUCAGUUUCGAUUUCAACUCUGAAGAGAGUCACAACGUGAAGGAUCUGUUACUCCAGUGCUUCCUGAGCAUUAACCAUAUUAAGAAGGAAGAGGGCAGGAGAUUUCUAAGCUUUCUUUUCAGCUGGGAUGUCAACUUCAUUAAAAUGAUCCAUGGGACUAUCAAAAAUCAGCUUCAGUGCCUACCAAAAUCAUUGAUGACCCACAUCGCAGACAUUUAUUUUAGGGCUUGGAAGAAAGCGUCCGGGGAUGUUUUACAGACAAUUGAACAGAGUUGUAUUCAAGACUUUAUGCAUCAUGGAGUCCAUCUACCAAGGAAUUCUCCACUUCACCCCAAAGUGCGAGAGGUGCUAAGUUACUUUCACCAGCAGAAGCUACGGCAAGGUGUGGAAGAAAUGCUCUAUAACCUCUAUCAGCCCAUUAUUUGGCGUGGCUUGAAGGCAAGAAAUUCUGAAGUUCGGUCAAAUGCUGCCCUGUUAUUCGUUGAAGCAUUUCCUAUAAGGGACCCCAAUCUUAACCAUGAGGAUAUGGACAAUGAAAUCCAGAAACAGUUUGAAGAACUUUUUAAUCUCUUGGAAGAUCCUCAGCCUCUUGUCCGUUCUACAGGGGUUUUAGGUGUCUGUAAGAUAACUGCGAAGUACUGGGAAAUGAUUCCUCCAGCCAUCCUGACUGAUCUACUGAGAAAGAUACUCGGUGAUCUGGCUGCGGACGUAAGCUCAGCGGAUGUUCGGUGUUCUGUUUUUAAGUGUUUACCGAUUCUGUUGGACAACAAGCUAAGUCAUCCGCUGCUGGAAAACAUGCUGCCGGCACUGAAAUUCUGUCUCCAUGACAAUUCUGAGAAAGUUCGAGUGGCUUUUGUUGAUAUGCUGCUGAAGAUCAAAGCUGUCAGAGCGGCCAAGUUCUGGAAGAUUUGUCCUAUGGAACAGAUUUUGGCGCGUCUUGAAGUGGAUUCCCGUCCUGUCUCACGUCGAAUCGUAAAUCUGCUGUUUAACUCUUUCUUUCCUGUUAAUCAGCAAGAGGAGGUUUGGUGCGAGCGCUGUGUCGCUCUUAUUCAGAUGAACCCGGCGGCAGCACGAAAGUUUUAUCAGUAUGCGUACGAACAUACCGCCCCCACCAAUAUAGCCAAACUGAUGCUAACUAUACGCCGCUGUUUGAAUGCCUGCAUUAAUCGGACUGUUCCAAACGAAGAUACCGAGGAUGAGGAUGAUGACGAGGGUGACGGCGAGGGGAUUGUACGAGGCGAUAGUGAAAAGGAAAAUAAAAGUGUUUUGGAGAAUGUGUUAUCCACGGAGGACUCUGCCUCUAUGGCAAGCUUACUGGAGAUUGUGGUUGUUCUCUGGCGCAGUAUCAGAAAAGCCCUUGACCAGAAUGAAGAAGCCAAAACCUACACCAUUAGCAAAUUUGCUUCUGUGCUUCCAGAAUAUUUUAAAGCAUUUAAGGAAGAACGCUGCACUGUUCCGUUAAUCAUUCUGGCUUCCUUUAUGCCUCCAGCUGCUGUCCCAACUUUCAGCUGCUCUGUCUUAUCCAAGCUGAGACAUUUGGACAGUGGGGCUGAUGAACAGAAAUACUCCACUCUUAUUGACUGUCUUUGCCGCUGGGGGCAAGUGGGGCAUGUACUGGAGCUGGCAAGCGAAUGGCUCUCAGAGUCAUACCCAGAAAAAAGGGGGAGAAAAGAUUCCAAUCGGCAAGUGCGAAUCCAGGACACAAUGGAAUCAAAGCCGGCGCUUGCCCUUGAUUAUAUAGAAUAUAUCAUGACCCACACCAUGAAUAGAGAUUGCCUUCUGUCCCUUCAAACAAAGAAACUGAACCAGCUCUUAAAAGUGCUUGGUUUAGUAAAGGAGGUGCUGUUCUGCUACAUAAAACCAUCCGAAGCCGUGACACAUAAUGUAAAUCAAGAUACGGCAUUAAGAGCCUUCAGCCUGUACUGCAGACUCAGCAUCCACCUGCAGCAUAAGUUUAGUUCUGAAGGAAGAACAUAUUUGUCUGUGCUGGAAGACACAGGUGGGUGGAUUGAGAGCCAAGUCCUUCCAACUCUCGAAAGUAAUCAAGACAUCUCUGAGGAGCCGCGUAAUAUGUGUCAUCAAAUCCUCAAGGCCUAUCUGACUGUUUGUAAAGACGUUUUGAUGGUCGGACUCGCUGACUCGGAAUUUCAAGCACAGCUUCUGCAGAUUACUCUUUCAGUAAUACAAACCGAGAAGUGCCAUAAUUGUUUGCCAAUGCUGUUCUACGUGCUGAAGGAAAUCACAGAACUGUGUUUGGCUCACAAGAUGAGCGACGCCAGCGUAGAAUGCGACGAGAUGCUCGAUGCCAUCCAGAAAGCAUUCCAUAAGUCUCUGGAGACUGUAGCACGCAGGCUUAGAAAACAGAGAGAAGAGGCACUACAGCUCCUGCAGACUAUUCAGCUUCCCCUUGGAGAAUUUGUCCACACAGUUCAAUGCUGGCACACUGCUUCCAAGGUGCUACAUCGGGGGACGCUGUCCACCCUCUUGGCUGCGGUGGUUGUUGAAAUCAGCCACUCACUGCGCAAAAUUACAGAUUUAAGUGAACUAACACCACCCUCGUCCAUCUCUGAUCUACCUCCACUUUCAAAAUGCAUAAUGACCAUUAUCGUUAAAUCUCCAAGUGCUGUAAGUUCAUUCUUGGACGAAUUGACAGAAUGCAUCACAUUGGAAGAAGUGGAAGGGAUCUUGAGUUUGACAGCAGCUUUGUAUGUUGCCGUUGUCAGCAGUAAAAGGAAACAAAUACCACCUGCAGUUAAAAAUACUGCGUCUGCCAUUUAUAGAAAACUGAAGAACUUCUGCGAAGUAACAAUGGACGAUGCCGGAAGCAUUGAAAGGGCUGUGUAUGAAUCAUCCAUGAGGAUAUUGAAUGAAAUGCUUCAUCCAUCAUAAUGACAAAGCCGAGAAUUCCUACCUGUUGGAUAACUAAAAGAAAAAUGUACAAAUUCUUUUUAUAAAGUUUCUUUUAAUAUUUCUUAAACGCAAUCGUUGCUUUACUGAUCAAUGAACUCGUAUCAUGGCUCAAUGUCGAUUUGCUUGUUUCACUACAUUCUGUCUAUAAAUACUUUUUACUUC